UUAUCUGCCACCACGCUGGGUGCUCCCGUCGGUGAACAGACCAUUGCGGGGCUGCGUUACCCCGCGGGUUCGCCUGCGAAGCCGAUGAGGAAAUAAGGCGGCGUCACACGCGCCCUCCUGACAGUUCGCCCCGGCGAAUGUGGCCGGCGCGGUGAGGAGCUGGCAGUCAGGCACAGCGGCCACGCCGAGCGAGAGGUCGCUGAGGGCAGGGGCUCGGCUGCCCCCAGGAACCAUGUUCUCCCGGAAGAAGCGGGAGUUGAUGAAAACCCCCUCCAUCUCCAAGAAGAGCCGGGCAGGAAGCCCCAUCCCACAGACCCUGCCGGACCUCUCCCGCAAGGAUUGCCUAGAGGCGCCCGGCUCCGGCCUGGGGGAGCUGCCCCCUGCCAGCUCCAAGCUCAGCACCAGCCCCAGCACCGUGGGUACCCUCAAGCGCCCCACCAGCCUCAGCCGCCAUGCCAGCGCCGCCGGCUUCCCCCUCACCGCAGCAGGCCCCAGGGCCGUGCCCAAGGGCCACAAGACCCCCACGUCCUACAGCCCCAUGGACGGCGGGGAGGGCCCCUUCAUCGACACGGAGGACAUCUCCCAGCUGCUGACGGACGUGGCCCGCUUCGCCGACGCUCUGGAGAACCUGCGGGAUGUGGUGCUGCGGGACGACCCCAGGGAGCCCCAGCGGCCACUGGCCCACGAGUGCCUGGGCGAAACCCUGCGCAUCCUACGCCAGGUCAUCAACAAGUACCCGCUGCUCAACACCCUGGAGACCCUGACGGCUGCCGGGACCCUCAUCUCCAAAGUCAAGGGUUUCCAUUACGAAUCCAACAAUGAGACGGACAAACGGGAGUUCGAGAAGGCCGUGGAGACCAUUGCGGUGUCUUUCAGCAGCACCGUGUCUGAGUUCCUCAUGGGGGAGGUGGACAGCAGCACCAUCCUCUCCAUCCCACCCAGCGACCAGAACCAGACUAUGGAGAGCCUCUACGGGGGGAUCCCUGGGCCUGGAGGAGAUGGCAUGCCUUCAGGCAUGGAAAACUAUGACACGGGCCGUCCUCCUGCUGAAGAAGUGGAUGUGAUGCUGCAGCGCUGCGAGGGUGGGGUAGACGCUGCUCUCCAGUACGCCAAAAACAUCUCCAAGUACAUGAAGGACCUCAUUGGAUACCUGGAGAAAAGGACCACGCUGGAAAUGGAGUUUGCCAAAGGGCUUCAGAAGAUGGCAAACAGCUGCAAGCAAACCAUCAGUCAGGAGACCAACAUGCCUUUCCUGUCCAUCUACCUGCUGGCCCUGGAGCAGGAUAUGGAGCACGGGACAUCGGUUCUGCAGGCUGCCAACACCCUGCAGCACCAGACCUUCCUCCAGCCACUAACAGUGAGACGCCUUGAACAUGAAAAACGGAGGAAGGAGAUCAAGGAGCAGUGGCACCGGGCGCAGAGGAAACUGCAAGAGGCAGAGGUGAACCUGCGCAAGGCCAAGCAGAUAUACAUGCAGCGCAGCGAGGAGCACGACAAGGCCAAGUACAUGGCAGUGAAAGCAGAAGAGGAGCAGCAGAACACCACCAGCAGCAUCACCACCAAAACCCUGGACAAGAAGAGGCGGCUAGAAGAGGAAGCCAAGAACAAGGCAGAAGAGGCGAUGGCCACGUAUCGGACCUGUGUUGCGGAUGCAAAUACCCAGAAGCAGGAGUUGGAGGAUACCAAGGUGAACUCCUUGCGGCAGAUCCACGAAGUGAUCAAACAGAGCGACCAGGUCAUCAAGAUGGCCACAAUCUCCUUCUACCAGAUCAUGCACAUGCAGACGGCUCCACUGCCCGUCAACUUCCAGACACUGUGCGAGAGCAGCAAGCUCUACGACCCCGGGCAGCAAUACGCCUCUCAUGUCAAGCAGCUGCAGCGAGGAGACGAACCCGACAUCCAGUACGACUUUGAGCCCUACGUGUCACACAACGCCUGGUCCCCCUUCACUCGGACACGGAAAGGCAGCUUCAAUGCCAAUGACUUCUCAACGAAUGCUGGCUCUGACGGGGCCGGGCUGCCCAAGGACGGGACCGUCUCAGAAGGAGGGACAGGACCCAAGGAGCAGCAAAGUGGGGCUGUGGCGGCUGAGCGGAGAGGUGGGAGAGGACACCAGGUCCAUAAAUCCUGGCCAACUUCCAUUACUGAAGCUGACAGCAGCCUGGAUUCAAACGCAGGCGAAUUCAGCCAUAAACUCCAGCGGCUGUCUUCCAACGGCACCAUAUCCUCCAGCGAAGAGCUGGAGGAGAAGGAUGAGAACGCUACCCCCUUUGAGCAGAGCAUCAAUGGGAUCACCCCAGAGAUGACAGCUCCGACAGGGCCCUUCCGAAACGUUGGCUUAUCCAAGGCUGCCCAGACUCAUCGGCUGAGGAAGCUCCGUACCCCUUCCAAGUGUCGGGAGUGCAACAGCUACGUUUACUUCCAGGGAGCAGAAUGCGAGGAGUGCUACCUGGCCUGCCACAAGAAGUGUCUGGAAACCUUGGCCAUACAGUGCGGGCACAAGAAGCUCCAAGGAAAGCUGCAGCUUUUCGGGCAAGACUUCACAAAAGCUUCUCAGAGUAGCUCAGAUGGCAUCCCCUUCAUCAUCAAGAAGUGCAUUUCUGAGAUCGAGAAGCGGGCACUGAAAACCAAGGGCAUCUACCGAGUUAAUGGUGUCAAGACCCGUGUGGAGAAGCUUUGCCAGGCAUUUGAGAAUGGGAAAGAGCUGGUGGAGCUGUCCCAGGCGUCCCCUCAUGACAUCAGCAAUGUCUUGAAGCUCUACCUGAGACAGCUGCCGGAGCCCAUCAUGCCCUUCCGCAUGUACAACGAGCUGAUGGGCUUGGCCAAGGAGAGCUUACAGGGUGGCGAGGCCAAGGGCAAGAGCGGGAAGGGGGGCCCUGAGCUGGUGGACAGAGGAGCCGCCACAGACAAGGUGGUGGUGAACCUGGUGCUGAAGCUGAAGGAGCUGCUGAAGGAGCUUCCCUGGGAGAACAUGGCCACGCUCCAGUACCUCCUGCAGCACCUGAGAAGGAUUGUGGAAGUGGAACAGGACAACAAGAUGACCUCAAGCAACCUGGGCAUCGUCUUUGGGCCAACACUGAUGCGCCCAAGGCCCACGGACGCCACUAUUUCCUUGUCCUCGCUGGUUGACUAUCCCCACCAAGCUCGCAUCAUUGAGGCACUCAUCAUCUUCUAUUCGACCAUCUUUGAGAACAAGGAGACCACGGUGCUGGCCGACUCCAGCAAGUACGCCACAGACAGCAAGGAGGAGGGAGCCAGCUCCUCUGACCUGUCCCACACAGGCUCCCAGCCUGGCAGCAUCCCCUACCUAGAGCUGCCUUCAGAGAAGGGCAAUUUGGAUUACAGCGCCGACUCAUUCGCAGAGUCUGGCGACCGCUCUGUUGACUCCGACUCUGAGCUGGAGGAUGGUGGGGAGCUGCUGGCCACCACGGACGGGGGCCUACGAACCCAGCUAAUGAAACAGGGGAGCGAGACCAGCACAGACGAAGCUCAGUUCUGCGAUGAUGGGAGUGAGGGACAGCGGAGCCGGAGCUGCAGCAUGGGCCAGUCGGAUGCGGAGGGCACCGCUCCCCGCUGCUGCAGCCCCCCAGGAGAAGAGCAAAGCGAUGCAGAAGACUACCCCGAGCGCCGCUUCCCCACUGCUGACACGGACUACAAUACAAACCAGUCCAACAACACAGCCAUGCCUGCCACUGCCUGGCAUCUGGCAGCCAGGUGCCAAGGCGGCUGCGAGCCAGGCAGCGAGCAGCAGCCCCAGUUUAUCUAAGCCACUGAACAAAAAUACCGCGGACGCUGGGACGGGGCAAAGGGACAAAAUCCAGACGCUACCCAGGCGUAGCGAUGCAGAAAGCUGUGAUGUUGAGGGGUGGGGAGGGACAGCACAGAGCUGCGGGCAGCUAAGGAGGGGUUUGGUGUGUCAGCUGCAGGCAAGUCCUGGCUGUUUCAUGGCUGGAGCUUUCACACAAAACCCCCGAGACCCUUGGCUCCCGAUGGGCAACAUCGGGUCAGCCUGCCUCAACUGCUGGGAGCCCCCACUCGGUCCAGCAGCCCACGAAGCACGUUUCUUGGGAAGGAGCUGAGGCAGGGCAGCCCCUUUGCUUGUUGUUAGGGACUAGGAAGGAAUCCAGGGUUUUGCCAUGUCCAGGUCACAAGUUUAAUUUUUUGCCUUGCUCCUUAAUCCCACGCCUCUACUGCAGAAAUCAAGAUGGGGGAGUCAAAGGAUCUGAUCAUCCUUGCUGGCUGCAGCUGGAAGGCGAGGUGAGGCUGCCGGGAGGUGAUGUGGGGAGAAUUCCCCAACAGUGGGCAGGAGAAGGGCACGGCAGCCAGGCACGGGCACUGCAUGGACAGACGGACAAUGCCGAGCACUGCGUGCAUGGCCUGGCUCUGCUGGCCUGGGGAACAGCUCGCCAGGAAGGGGGGCACAGCCAGAGGAGCGCUGGGUUCGGUGUAGCUGGGUAAAAGCAACUCAGACCAUCUCACGCGGAGCUGGCCUCGGCUUUAGGGCUGUGCCUGCAUCGCUUGCCAGGCCCUGCAAGGUACAUUUAUCAUGUAUAACUGACUGUACCAGGCAUCCAAAGUCCAGCAAUAAAUUUACUGCCUCAGCACUUCUAAGCAACACAGGACUCAACCAGCGACAUGCCUUUCCUGGCUCAGCUGACAAGGUUUGCAUUGCUGCUUGUAUUUAUGGGCAUUUUUCUACUUGGCAGGAGCCACGCAAAGAGCAAUCCGGAAGCUGUGAGCAAGCUCAGGGGACAGGUUUUCCUGGCUGCACAGUCCUGAGCAUUGCCUAAUCUCUCAGGGUUUUUUUUGAUAGACAUUUGGUCUCCAAAAAUCUAAGCUGCAAGUCCAGGACUACACCUCUGCUCUUCCAGCUGGCCCCGAGAUGGAGCUGAGCAGAGAGCAGGUCACCAAGAGGAGAAGCCUCCUCCUCAGGACUGCCACGGCCUGAAUCGAGUCACAGCCCCUGCCAGUGUAAGAGGCUUUUUAAAUUUUUUUUUUCUAAAGAGAUAACCCUUCAACAUGAAACCACUACCUCUGCUGGCAAAGGAACUUAAAGGGUUAAACAAGACCAGCCAAAGUCUAUUUUUUUUAAAGCUGCGAGACUUUUCUGCACUGAAGCAUAGAGAAACAAGUAGAUUUUUAGCUUAGAAAGAGAUGAAAGCUGUUUUUUUCUAUUACCCUGCUUGUACUUGGGCUGCGUUCCUGCCGUCACCGCUGAGCGUGCCACUAGACCCUCGACACGGGAGGCCACAUGACGAGCAAAGACCCAGAGCUCCCGGCCAGGGACAGAUGCACAAGGACUUGUGCAGGCACCUCACACACAAGCAAGUCGCAGUCCAUGGUUCCUAAGAAAUUGCACAGAUCCAAAGGUGUUUUCUAACAAUUAGCCAGACCCUUCCUCCGUGAGAUGCUGGACACCAGAUCAUCUCUCUCGCUCUGCCUGCUCACGCGUCAGGCCUCGCCACUCCAGGUCUGAAGAGCAUCCACCUCAACGGGACAGCAAGGGGAGAGGCAGAGGCGGAUCUCCGGCCAAGGAAGCCAAGCGAGUGAAGCCGGAGCGAUGUUCCAGCUGAAGAUACACUGAACGGCAUUUGGGGGGUUAUAUGCACCUCGUUACUGUAGAAAUGGGCAAUCAACCAGACGUUUGACCCCUUUGAGGAUCAGUCUCCAGCACAGGGGAGAGCCUGGGCUUUAUAGCUCCCAGAGCUCUCCGAGACUAAUCGGAAAUGCAUCUCAGCAUAGCAGGUCAAAGGUACACAAAACCAAAGUUAAUUUACAGCUAAAUGGUUCAUAACUGAGCCAAAGAAGAGCUAGAGAUACCUGUGAGACAUUCUGGUCUGCAGCUCUUCAACAAGGCGGUUGGAUUUUUCCAGCAGGUCAUUUCCAUGGUAGCAAGAGAAACAAGGCCGACUGCCCUCUCUUGCUACCAGCACUGCUACCACAGGCGGUACCACGUGUGUUUGCAAGGAUGGAUGACGGGUGAGUGCAAGUGAGGGAAGGGACAAAAGCUACGCUUGAGCUUCACAUGGGAACAGGCACCCUUCUAUUUGUAUAGUAAUUCAGCGUGCAAAAAGUAAAGCGU